AUGAGUGAUGAAGAAGUGGAAAUGGUACUAAGUCGAAAGUCUCGAUUCAGUCGCUAUCGUACACGAGUUCGAAAGAAAAUCAAUCUCGAUAUAAAUGAAGCAAUGCAAAUCGAUGAUAGCAACAUUACAUCAAUGAAUGAUAUAUCUGAUUCCGAAGAACCAAAUACUGUAUUCAUUGAUAAAAUACCAAUAGUAACGCACGAUGUAUGUACUCAAACUUUAGAUUCGUUGUCUAAUCCAGAAAUUAAACAACAUAUCAUUGAAAAUAGUCAUGGUAACUAUAUAAAUCAAUUAGAAGGUAGUAGUAGUAUAUUUCAACUUCUAAAUGAUUAUAAUAAUAAAUUUAAAGAUAAUGAUUUGCAUUAG